UCAGAUUCUCUCUACAGAGACCUCCACAGCACAGAGAUCCAGAUAUGGCUCCUACAAUCAACCCAGCAAGGACCAACUCUCAGGAGCAUCUGACUCUGAACCACAAGCUCCGAAAGCCUGUGGUAGAGAAACUACGCAGAGAGCGAAUCAACAGCAGCAUCGAGCAACUAAAGUCUCUCUUGGCUCCAGAGUUUCUCAAACAGCAGCCAGAGUCCAAGCUGGAGAAAGCAGACAUCUUGGAGAUGACAGUUUGCUUCCUGAGACAACUGCAGAAGCAGAAGCAGCAGCAGCAGCAUCCAGCUCUAGACACAGGAGCUGUUGAGUUAGGCUAUGCCAAAUGUGUCCACGUGGUGACAAACUUCCUCUCCAAAGAUGAGCUGGAGACGCAGUCCCAGAAGAGACAGUUUAACAACUUCAGCAAGCUGCAGACUUCAUUUGAGAAAAACCUGAAAGAGGCUAAAUUCUCUUCUGUGAACUACACAGUCCAGACAAGUAUCAAUAAAGUCAAGAGUCCAACCACCAGCACCCCCUGGAGGCCAUGGUAGACAUCUACAGCCUGAGGUUAUGGCCUGAAAAAGUAUACCAGACUGGUAGACAGAACAUGUACUGACAUGUGU